AUGUCUGUGAACGUCUCCAGGACGUGCAAGAGGUCUCCGUUAACAAGUCUUCACGGCAUCGCUGUGGUAGAUAGCGUGUGCAUUCUAGGGAUCAGCUACAGGGCCAGUGGUGCGACCAGCGAGAGCUGGGAGGAAGAGGUGAAGGAGCUAAAACAGCAGAUCACCAGGGCCCUAGAGUUUAACUUCCCGUAUUAUGUACGCCGGUACUUACUCAUGGGCAUCUUUACAGGUCGCCUCUGGUUCUUGUCAAAUUCAUUAGUUAUGCCCUAUCAGGUCGCACGUAAGGUAAAGUCUCAGUUUAUAAAGUUUUUCUGGAACUCAAAGACCCCUCUGGUCAAAUACGAACAGUUAGGCUUGCCUCGCGAGAGGGGCGGAUGGAAUAUCCCUUCGGCCGUCGUCUUGGCAGACACCUACGCUCUGAAAACGACCCUCAGGGUUUUGCAGUUACCUGAGGAGCACCCCGCCAGGAAACUGGCAACGUACUUCCUAGGAGUCCAGAGCCGUCUGUUUUUACAGACGCAGCCAUCGGGGCCGAAGGCGAUAAACCCGACGCCCUUCUACAGGCAUGUGAUCGGAAUAUACAAGCGCAUUGCCCAACUGAACCUGGACACUCCUCUCCUGGAGUGCCGAAAUACAGAACUAGCACAGGAGUUAUUGGUCAAUUCUGGUUGCGAGGCUAAAAACCCCGGGUUCCCGUGGGUCUUGCUGACCCCCAGCUGGCUGCCAGGCAGCAUUCAGGAUGUGGUGUGGCGUUUCGGGUGGUCCGUCUUGCCUACGGCGGACCGGAUGUACAAGUGGCAUUACGUUCGUUCGGAGCAGUGCGUGCACUGCAAGAAACACGAAAAUAACAAACACGCGUUGAUAACGUGCCGCGUUGCCAAGAUUUUCUGGUCCCUCGUGGACAAGGCGUACCACCCGUUGGGCGAUGCGUUCCACAAGACGUCGUCCUCCGUGGCCGACCAGCAGGCAGCCGUUGAGGGCCUGCUUCGACGCCUUGUGCCCCAGUGGGAGUCCCAAAUCACGCUGCACGUCUUUCAGGGAGCCAAGGAACAGCGAGAGGACAUGUUCGUGGUGGAGACGUUCAACAACAGCCUGUCGAUAACGGGAUCGAGCGGCGUCGCGGUGGCCACGGGCCUUUACUACUACCUCAAGAAGUUCUGCAACGUUCACGUGUCCUGGUCAGGCUCGCAGACGAAGACUGCCACGGGCAAGCCGCCUCUGGUUCCCGAGCCAAUCGUCAUCAAGCUCAAUGGCCGUUUCCGCUACUAUCAAAACGUGUGCACGGCCAGUUACUCCACGGUCUGGUGGAACUGGACCCGCUGGGAGCAGGAAAUCGACUGGAUGGCGCUGAACGGUAUCAACCUGCCGCUGGCCUUCACGGGCCAAGAGGAGAUAUGGAAGAGGACAUUCUUGAAACUUGGCGUGAAGCAGGCAGAGAUCGAUGCAUUCUUUUCUGGCCCUGCAUUCCUGGCAUGGCAAAGGAUGGGAAACUUCCGGGGCUUCGGCGGUCCACUUCCGGAAUCGUGGCACGUUCAACAGGUGCAACUGCAGCACCAAAUACUGAAACGAAUGCGGGAGUUCGGCAUGACGCCCGUGCUGCCAGCGUUCGCUGGACACGUUCCGCGAGCCAUAGAAAAGUUGUUUCCAAACACAACCAUGUCGAGAACAUGUUGGCAGGACUUUGAGGAGCGGUAUGCUUGCCCGACAUUCGUGUUUCCAAACGAGACCCUUUUUGUGACCAUUGGCAAGCUGUUCCUGCAACAGUACAUCGCAGAGUUUGGCACAGACCACUACUACAACACUGACCUCUUCAAUGAGAUAAACCCUCCUUCUGGGAACAUAUCCUUCGUUCAAGAUUCUGGCAAAGCCGUGUUUGCAGCACUGACGGAGGCGGACCCUGAAGCUGUUUGGGUCAUGCAAGGGUGGUUGUUCAUCAACGACCCUUCCUAUUGGACGCCACAGAGGGCGAAGGCUCUGCUGACGAGCGUCCCUAAGGGAAGGAUGUUAAUCCUCGACCUGAGUUCCGAGAGACAGCCCGUGUACGAGAAGCUGUCCAUGUUCUACGGCCAGCCUUUCAUCUGGAACAUGUUGCUCAACUACGGAGGCGUUCUGGGAAUGUACGGGUCGCUGAAUUCCGUGAACGAGGGGCCGUUUAAUGCCCGGAAGGCAAAUGACUCCACUAUGGUCGGGACCGGGUUGACGCCCGAGGGCAUCAAUCAGAACGAUGUGAUGUUUGAGUUCAUGAACGAAAAUGCCUGGAGGUCGUCUCCAGUCAACGUCAGCGAAUGGAUAGAUAACUACGCAUUGCGAAGAUAUGGCAAGGAGAACUCCAACGCUACUUCUGCAUGGAGGCAUCUUGCGGAGAGCGUCUACGACUUGGAUCCGUCCACUCUUGUGAAGGACCACGGACAGUACGCGCUGGUGGUGCGACCGUCGCUCCACCUCACGAAUAAGACUUGGUACGACCCUGACCACGUUUAUACGGCCUGGUGGGAUCUCGUGAACGCGGCCAAGGAUCCCGAACUUGCUGAACAAGGAACCUUUAAGUACGAUCUCGUCGACGUCACCCGCCAGUCUCUACAGCUGCUCAUUUACGACGCUUACGUUCGUAUUAGGCACUGCUUCUGGAAGAAAAUGAAGGAGAACUUCGGGAGGCUAGCUGCGAUGAUGACAGAGAUGUUUAUUGACCUCGACACCUUGUUGGCAUCCGACCCACAUUUUCUGCUCGGAACGUGGCUACGGGAUGCACGAAACUGGGGGACGACUGAAGAGGAAUCAGACUUAUACGAGUACAACGCACGUAACCAAAUCACGCUUUGGGGUCCGAAAGGCGAGAUCCGUGACUACGCGGCCAAGCAGUGGUCAGGGCUCGUGCGAAGCUACUACCUGCCCCGCUGGGAGCUGUUCCUGAAAUCUCUGUGGUAUAGUCUCGAUCAGCACGUUCCUUUCAACCAGACGCUGUUCGAAGAGCAAGUCUUUAAGCUUGUCGAAGAGCCUUUCACGUUGAGCCGAGGCGCGUACCCCACGUGGCCGCAAGGUGACUCCAUCGCCAUCAGUGAAGAGCUGCAGAGGAAAUACAAUCUCCUGCUGUUUCGAAAUCAUUGAGAAGAGCAACAAAAGAAAAUCGUCGUUCGGUCUCACGGGAAGGCCAAUUGCAAGAAAAAUACUUGGACCCCGUAUAGGUCAAACCACCUUUGUGACCGCUUAGAUACAAGUCAGCUGACCGAGGCCUACGCCUGGACGGUUGCUAUUCGUACACGGGCUCGAAAAUAGGAGUGCGCAUGCGCAGUCCCCUGUAGUUGUGUCAUGUCUCAUUGCCAUCCGAGUGCUCGUGUCACUUGCUGAGGUACUACUUCCACAUUAUUGGCUAAAACCUUUACAGCAUACCAGCCAUGCUACUUUGCCAAAAUUUCUUUAUCGCUUUAUACCAUUGAAUACAUACACCGACGUUUAAACGCCACCAUACUUGUACAGGGUCGAGCACUUCUAAGGUCAACGUGUCAUUAUUAUUCAAGCCGGAAAAGCUAGAGCGCCUAUUCUACUUCACGAGGGAAAUGGUCGUUUUAUGACGUCUAAUCAUGGUGUCGAUAAA